GCCCUGGCAUAGGUCACCCAGAGAAGCUGUGGCUGCCCCUGGAUCCCUGGAAGUGUCCAAGGCCAGGUUGGAUGGGGCUUGGAGCAACCUGGGCUAGUGGAAGGUGUCCCUGCCCAUGGCAGGGGGUGCGACUGGAUGAGCUUUAAGGUCCCUUCUGCACUGCCCUCUAAGCUCCCAGAUCCAACCUGUCCAUGCCCUGAGGCAGGGCUGGGACACUGGGAGUGCUGCUUAGGGUGGAUGGUGUGUCCUGCAGGAACCUGCCUCAUUCUCCCAUCUUUUCAGUCUUCUCAGCCUAGAGAGUGAUUCCAAGAGCUGUUCCACAGCCUGGGGUUCUGGGCCUCCCAGAGCUGAGUUUCCUGGGGUAGAGGCAGCGGGCCUUGCCUGGGAGAAGCCUGUGCAAGGCUGUGGUGCUGUGCAGGUGACCCAUCUCCUGCAGGGGCAGAAGGCCCCUCCAGAGGGAAGGCAUCAGGAGUGCAGUCCCAGCCAGAGCUGCCCCGGCCUUCAAGGACACUCUUUAUGGUUCCUCUGAUAGAGAAAAGUGGAUGUGAUCUGGUGAUUCAGCAACACAGCACCAGCCUGUGAACUUGGCUGACUUCCCUGCUGGUUCUGCAGCCUUUUAUCACCUGGGUGAUUACACAUUCACCACCCAGCAAAUAAAACAGGGAUCAGCAGUGGGGCUGAGGCACAGAUUGCUCGGGAGCAGGGAGCGGGUGCCAGUGCUGCCGCUGGUUCCUUCCUUGGAGGCACUUCCCUGGUUUGUGCAGGAAUGGCCCUGGGCCUCAGUGCUCCCCCAGCAGUCACAGCCAGGCUGGUGGUGCUGCUGUCCCUGCUGGGUUUGGCUGUGGGUGGGAAGCUCCUGGCGGUGCCGGUGGACGGGAGCCACUGGCUCAGCAUGAGGCAGGUGCUGGACAGUCUGCGGCAGAGGGGACACGACGUGGUCGUGGUCGCCCCUGAAGUGAGUUUGGACAUCAAGCCAUCCAAGAACUUUGUGAUGAAAAUGUACCCAGUGCCUUUCACACAGGAAGGGAUGGAGAAAGAUUUCCAGGCAUUUUUGCAGAUUUCCUUUGAGGAAGGAUCUUUUCUGACAAGAUUUCUUAAAACAUAUGAAGGGAUGAAAAUACUCGGUGAAUUGUCAGUUCUCAGCUGUGAAGAGCUCCUGAAAAACCAGGAGCUCCUCAGGUAUCUUCAGGAGAGCCAGUUCGAUGCCCUCCUCACAGACCCUGUAGUACCUUGUGGGUUGAUCCUGGCAGAGCAUCUUUCCCUUCCCUCCGUGUAUUUCCUCCGAGGAGUCCCCUGUGGUUUGGAUUUUGAUUGAUGGUUUGUGUUAUCAGAGGUACAACGGUGAACUGCUGUUUUGCAACCUCAUUUUAGAGCUGACAAGAUAAGGGGUUAGGUGAAAGUUGUGUGGAGAGGUGAGGGAAGACUUUCUGUUGGCUG